AUGCCUGAUAGGAAAUCCGUUCAGCCUGCUAAGAAGAGAAAGGGAGGUGGCCAAUGGCAGAAACACCAACAAGGCAAUAAGUCGGGCAUUGAGGGAGGCGACUGGGGAGUCUUCGUGUCGUGCGAUCUGGGAAAGGAAGGGAAAUGUAUGGCAGAGGUAGUGGAUGUUUUCUCGCAGAGUGUGGAAUCAUCCAGCAGUGACAGUCAUGGAGGCAAGCUCGACUCGGAUGAGGAGGAUGACGAUGAUGACAUCGAGGCCCAAAUCAGAAGAGAGGUCGAAGGCCUGAAGCCCAGCGCGAGCAAGUCCCGCCCGUUUCAUGCCAUCAGAAUGGAUUUGCCAUGUCUGUUGUUUGUGCGAUUUGACAAAUCCAUCAAUCCAGAGGAAAUGGUACAUCAGCUUUGCUUAGACGCAGCUGCUAAUCCUGAAAAGAAACGAUCCCGAUGGAUCCAACGCAUGACACCUGCAAUUUCCGUUCGCAAAACUCUCAGUGUCGACCUGGAGUCUUUUGCACGGGAAAUACUCAAACCGCAUUUCCAUUCCGGGGGACCUCCCAAAAAGUACGCAAUUCGACCUGUGGUGAGAAGCAACAAGAAGUUCAACCGCGACAUUGUCAUCAAGACCGUUGCAGAUGUCGUGGGGCCCGAACAUCCCGUUGAUCUCAAGAACUAUGACUUGAUCAUUCUCGUCACCGUUAUCCAGAAUGUCAUUGGCAUGAGUGUUGCCGGAAGUGACUAUGAUCGGUUAAAGAAGUAUAACCUGGCCGAGUUAUACAGUCCAGCACCUACGUCAGAGGCCGCCGAAUCUACUAAGGACUAA